UAUCGUGCUCUGGUGUUGGCAUGGCAGAUGACAAUGACGAGCUGGCAGCAGAUGACGAGCUGCUGCCGCCAGCGGAAGACAACGCCGAGCAGCCGGAGAACGGCAUCCCCGCAGAACGGAGCGGCCACGUGGCCGUCACCGAUGGGCAGUGCAUGUUCGUGUGGGGUGGGUACAAGAAUGCUCAGGUGAGGGGAUUUUACGACUUCUACCUUCCCAGAGAUGAAAUCUGGAUCUAUAACAUGGAAACCGGAAGAUGGGCCAAGCACCGAGCAUCGGGGGAGGUGCCCCCUUCCAUGUCGGGAAGCUGCGCCGUCUGCAUGGACAGGAUCUUGUACCUGUUUGGAGGGCACCACGCAAGUGGAAACACGAAUAAGUUCUACAUGCUGGACUUCAGGUCGAACGAGCAAGCGCUUCAGUGGGUCAGGGUGGAAUGCCAGGGUGUUCCUCCAUCAUCAAAGGACAAACUCGGAGUUUGGGUUUAUCGAAGCAGGCUAGUCUUCUUCGGUGGCUACGGCUACUGCCCUGAAGGGGAGCAGAUCGGAACUUUCGAGUACGACGAAACUUCCUUUUGGAAUGCUGGCCUUCCUAGAGGAUGGAACGACCACGUGCACGUCCUGGACACAGAGACCUUUACCUGGAGCCAGCCUGUGACCACGGGUAAAUCGCCGUCACCCCGAGCGGCGCAUGCGUGUGCCACAGUCGGCAACAGAGGCUACGUCUUCGGGGGCAGAUACCGCGAGUCCCGGAUGAACGACCUCUACUUCCUCGAUCUGGACAAGUGGGAGUGGCACGAGAUAGUCACGCAGGGCAUUUGCCCCGUUGGUCGGUCUUGGCACUCUCUGACUCCCAUCUCAACCGAUCACCUCUUCCUCUUUGGCGGGUUCACCACCGACAAGCAGCCACUCAGUGAUGCCUGGAUCUACUGCAUCAGUAAAAACGAAUGGAUACAGUUUGAGCACAAUUACUCAGAGAAACCCCGCCUCUGGCACACGGCCUGUGCGAGCGACGAGGGAGAGGUGGUUGUCUUUGGGGGCUGCGCCAACAAUUUACUCGCCCAUCAGAAAGCAGCACAUAGUAAUGAGAUCCUUGUGUUUUCUCUUCAACCAAAAUCUCUUGUAAGAUCACAUUUCUGUCGUCAUGUAUAGUGGUCUUUUUAAAUGCAGCUUAUGAUGAUUUUAAAGCACUCUGAUCAGCUCCCGUCUGCACAGUUCAUGUGUGUUUGGUCUUGGUAUAAUACGCUUUGCCUAACAGAAAUGUGCGCCGUGAGCACGGCCCAUACACGCUUCUCUCUCCUACCAGGCUGUGCCUGGAGUCCAUUAUCUGCUUCAAGGAGCUCCUGGCCAGCUCCUGGCACUGCCUGCCCAAGCACCUGCUCCACAGCCUGGACCGGCACUUCGGGAGUAACAACACGUCCGGCUCCUAGGAAGCGCGAGCAAGCGAGUGCUGGCUGCACGGGGCACGGACGAGCCCCUCUGCGAAGCGAAGCAAGCGUCUGACCGGUCCCGUGCGGCAAAAUGUGACAUUUCUGUGGGUCAAACAUCUUUGCGUUGUAAGUAGUGAGCCCCUCCUGCCUGGACCCUUUUUGUUGUUGCAUGUGAAUGGCUUAGAGAAGAACCUAUUUUUGUGUAAAAAUUUUGUUUGCAAUAAACGUAUUUAAUGCAAGUGUCAA